AAAUUAGACCACCAAUUCCACUCAGUGCACCCCGGCAACACAGAUGAGCAGCGAAUCACCAAACUCUGGCAAGGUAGUGUCCGUAAAUUAGGAAAAAGAGUUGUUUCGUUGAGUUUUUUUUUUACUGUCCAAUAAUUACUUUUUUUAGAAACAUUUGAUGAAAUGUUUUGUUUUUGUUGUUGCUUUUUUUAAUAUUUAGAAACAUACAAAAUUAAUUUUAUAAGCAUGUUUUAUAAAAAAAAAAAUCUUUAUUGUGGAUCAACAGGCUAUAAUGACUUACUAUAUAUUUUCAAACAUCUAACCUUCAAGACAAGAUUUUGACGUCUUGAUAUUUUAACUGCGCCCUAAUUUGACAAGACUGUUGAGAUUCAAUAAAACUACACAACGAACAAACAAAAAUGAAAUGUACCGUACCUAAUAGUUAAUUCUUAGCAGUUUUAAAUGUUUCAUUUUAUGCACUUUACAUAGGGCCAGCCAGCGAUAUCCAGUAACUACAGUGAAAUCGACCUGCUCCUCAUUGGUAAAACAGGAAAUGGCAAGAGUGCAACCGCCAACACAAUCUUAGGACGUAAAUCUUUUGAUUGCAAAGCAGCCACCACAUCUGUUACAAAGGAAGUACAGUAUGAACACACAGAGUUCAACGGCCGCAUUAUUACAGUUGUUGAUGGACCAGGUGUUGUGGAUACUCCCGGACAUGAAAAUAUUCAUGAGGCCACGAAGCUUGUCAUUGAUGCCAUGCAGGAUGCCGUCCUCCUAAAUCCAAAAGGCUACCACGCGUUUCUCCUGGUCGUCCGCUACGGUGGUAGAUUCACUGCUGAAGAUACAGGCGUGAUUAAAACAUUGAAGGCCAUCUUCGGCCAGGAGUUUGUCAAAAACUUUUGUAUAUUGGUUAUGACUUGUGGAGAUAGCUUCGCCGUGGAUGAAAUUGACAACGGGCAAACAUUUGAAGACUGGUGCAAAGAACAAAAAGGUGUUUUUCAGCAACUGCUCAAAGAGUGCGAAAACAGGAUUGUUCUUUUCAAUAACGCCACUGAAGACAAAAAUGUCAAAGACGGACAGAUGAACGAGUUAAUCUCGAUUGUCGAAAAUCUUAAAUCUGGCGGGAAGCGCUACACCGAUGAACAUUUCCGAAAUGUACAAAAAGCACGCGAUGACCUGUUCAUCGAACUUAAAGAACCCGUCAUACGCCAGGAAACACUAACUAGAAUAAGUCUAAUCCUACACGACUUUGAAAAGUUGUCUGACGGGGAAGCUGGGGAUACAUUAGAGAAGUCCAAAGACUUACUUUUACAAGCCGAACAGCUGCAGAAACAAAUACGCGAAGCAGAUAGAGAGACGGGAAUUUUAGAAGAAUCUCUCUCUUCCGUGAAAAGUUUGGUCAAAACCUUGGAGAGUAAAGUUGCUUUUGAAACUCAAAGGAACGAGUUGCAUUUGGAGAUGGUGCGUAAAGAAAAUGAGCUGAAGCAAAGAUACGAAGAGGAGACACGUUUCUAUAAGGAAGAACUGGAGCAACUUUAUGAAACCCCGCCAUUUCAAGACCAGCAGAUGAGAAUGGAACGGGUCACUGGUGAGGAAGAGGCAAAGCGGAAGUGGAAGAACGUCGUUGCCGAAUACAAGGCGAUAAAUUUUCAAGUUGGGAAAAUUUUGCAGAGUGAAAUUGACGAGAAAGACGAGAUAUUAGCCAAAGUGCUCAAAACUGUAGAGAAAGAAAACCUCAAAGAUGCAUCCAGGCUGAAAACAGCCAGGCAAAACUAUAAAAAGAUGAAAGAGAAAUACAACUGUGAUGUUAAAGAGAAUUUAAAGGAGAAAUUUAAGGAAGAUAAAACAUGUCCCAUCCUAUAGAGAAAUACGAAUACUUUGAGUUAUGACUGGAAAUCAAGUAAACAAUUGCUCUAGCGCGUGGUGAUAAACAGAUAAAACUGGUCCAUACAUCCCUUGGGGGCGCUACAGCCCAUGUAGCGGUUUGGCCUGCCUCACCACUUCCUUCCACUCAGACCUAACUCAUGUUUUUUCUUUCUUUUCCAUGCUUGGAUUUAUAGGUGCUGUAAAAUUGUUGUUCCCCACAACAUCCAGCUAUACGCACUCAGAUAAAACUUGUACUCCCCUAAAAUAUAUAUUCCGAUUACCCGAAAAAACAUUUUUCUUUUUAAAUUAUAUUUGUAAUCCUAGAAGAAGAAACAAAU